CUGAAUAAAUAUUUUAAGAUCCAUCUCUGCGUCGUGGUCACGAUAAAAAAACAGCCCAACUACGGCAGCUUGAACGCAGAACCGUCGAGUCACGUCACAGUAAUCCGAUUGACCCCAGACACAUCCACCGAUAAGAACCGAGUGCUACCAAGCGCACCUGUUCCAAGACAGUCCCAGUCCGGUACCAAAUCCUUCAAGAACAAGAUGGUAGUGUUGAAGGUGCUCGCGCUGGCGUGUGUCCUGGCGCUGACCAGGAGUUCGCCAGUUUCCACUGGGGUCAAAGUACGCUUUGAUGGGCACAAAUUAUUCCGACUGCAUCCCACAAAUGAAGACCACAUUCACUUGAUACAGCAGCUGCUUGACAACCCGGACAUCGGGUUGGACUUCUGGACAGAAGGGGUGGCUCUGAAUAGACCAGUAGAUGUCCGAGUGCCGCCCUACGACCUGAAGGACCUGUUGUCCCUGCUAGAGGAACAGGAGAUGAAAUAUGAAGUACUGAAGGAGAACCUGCAGGAAGAUAUUGACAAGGAAGAAGAGAGCAAUCACCAUGAACGAAAGCGCCGUCAGCAAAUCACCUCAGAAUGGAUCAUCCACAUAUGCACGUCUGCCAACCCUCCCCUGUGGUGCAGUAAUUUUGGCAGUUUCACCACCGCGCCCCCUCAUGUGGUGAGCCAGUGGGAUAUCGUUGGGACGUACGCUACAUUUGAACAGGUGAACACGUGGUUGGCCAGUAAAGCUUCCCAGCACAGCACCAUUGCCUCCCUGGAGAGUAUCGGCAAGACGUACGAAGGCAGAGACAUGAAAGUUCUGAAGAUCGGAGAGGCCGCUAACAAGCCUGCUAUCUGGAUAGAUGCCGCGCUCCACGCCAGAGAAUGGAUCGCCUCAGCCACCCUGAUUUACAUCGCCGAUCAGCUACUCAAUGAAUACAGUUCCAACGCCAACAUAAACAAGUUUACGUGGUAUAUUUUACCGAUUGCUAACCCAGACGGAUACGAAUACAGCUAUAAUUAUAACCGGUUCUGGCGUAAAACUCGUACCAGAAACGCCGCGGACUACAGGGGGACGUGCCCCGGGGUGGACCCGAACAGAAACUGGGGAUUCCAUUUUGGAGAGGCCGGUACCAGCAACAACCCCUGCUCAGACAUCUACCGCGGAGAAACCGCCUUCUCAGAGAAGUGUGUCUUCAACAUGAAGACGUUCUUGUACAACAAGAGGAAGCAGAUCAAGGUGUACAUUUCCUUCCAUUCCUACGGCCAGAUGUUCAUGACUCCAUGGGGGUACACACACACAUCUGCUCCUUCCGACAUUCGUGAACUGACGAGGGUGGCAAACUUAGCUAAAACGGCCAUCAAAAAUGUGAACGGAAAAAGUUACAGUGUCGGAUCACCCGGAAGUCUUCUGUCAGACGAUGCAGCCGGUGGGUCUUUCGACUGGGCGAAAGGUGUCGCUGGCAUCAAGUACGCGUACACACUGGAGCUGCGACCGGCUGAUAACACCUCUGGAGGUUUCGCCAUCCCUGCCUCUGAGAUCUUGCCCACUGGGAGAGAGACUUACGCCGCCGUCAAGGAGGUAGCCAAACGGGUGACCGUCUAAUGAAGCCGAAUGUGUCUCGAUAUGUUUAAUAAUUCUGCGUCUUGAUUUAAAGUUUGAACGUUUUACUUUCUUCACGAAAUUUAAGGUAUACCUCACAAAGAUGUCACUCCGUGACCUUCCUCAGUGUCUGUUAUCGUGAGACUUAAAGUAGAAAGUGAAAAGUUUUAACUUAUGAACAUUAUCAAUAGACUACACAUAAAAAUGAAUUUCCAUCAGAAAACUGCGUCUUGAGUGUUUGAAAUCAAAAGCAUUAAAGGAGGUACCAAUAUGUCUGAAUGAUCAAGAUUUUUUGAGAAGUUAAAGUAUAAACGCCGAUAU